UUAUUAAAAAAAAACCAAGCAUGUCUUAAAAAAAUGGCGAAUGAUAAAUUUUUGUUCAUUGAUUGAAAGCGCAGUCCCUGUGUCAUUUUAUUUAUUAUACAUUUCUUGGAGUGAUAGUGAAUAAAUAAUAAGGAUGGCUGAUUCUUUGGUAGAGCGAAGACCACCUCCGCGAUUCUUUUGCCAUACGUGUCUUGUGGAAUUCCUAGAUGCUGAACAGGAAUACAUAUGCCCCUAUUGUGAGGGUGGUUUCAUAGAGCAGCUGGAGGGUGGCACUGAGGGUGUGGUGCCAGUGCCCAGUGACAACUACAGUGACGCUGACAUGAGCAACAUUGAGGACAUGGGACUGGACGAUUCUGAUGAUUUGAAUAGAAGCAAUCCACCAAUGUUAAAUGACCUAGCAUUUCUAAUGACUGGCAGACAAAUACGUACUGCACUUUCAAGCAAUCCAGCAGUGACAACUUCGAACAGUGCAUCCAAUGGCACAUCUACAGUGCCAGCUAGCACUGCAAGUACUGGUGUCAGUACGGCCACUGGUAACACAGGAACCACCACCAGCACUGCUAACAGUAACCCACAACGACCGUUCCACAAUAGCCCGACAAUUAUGGAAGAGUUGCUGUGGAUGAUCAGUGGUGGGAGGCCCCCCCCUGGGGCCAUGACGGCCGGAUCACCCUUCGUGCUUGUUGGGACUCCAGGGGAUUAUGUUUUUGGUGGUGAAGGUCUGGACGCCGUGGUGACGCAGCUGCUGGGGCAGCUGGAGCACACGGGCCCGCCGCCGAUGCCGCGCGAGCGGCUGGCGGCGCUGCCGACGCAGACCGUGAGCGCGGAGCAGGCCGCCGCCAACACCGCGUGCUCCGUGUGCUGGGAGAACUUCCAGCUGGAUGAGAAAGUGUCCCGACUGGAGUGCGAACACAUAUUCCACCAGGCGUGCAUAACUCCGUGGCUAGAGCUACACGCUACAUGCCCGGUGUGUCGGCGCUCGCUACUGCCGCCGGACGCUCCGGCCGCGCCGGUCGCGCCCACGACCACCGCGCCCACGACCACUGCGCCUACGACCACCGCGUCCACGACCACCGCGCCGGCGACCACUGCGCCUCCGCCCACCGGCGCCACGUCCUCCACGACCACCACCUUCAGAGCGCCCACCUUAGAACCACAUCACAUCCGAUUACGUACUCCACUAUCAAGUCUUUUUGUAAAUACAACACCACACAUUGUGAUACAACGUCGCGCGGGCGGCAUGCCGACUUUCAUACGAAGGAUCUCCUCGCAGACUUGGGACUCAUUGAACGACACCAGUCCAUCGGGCUCAAUAUCUCCCGCUUCAUCUGUGACUGCAGGCGGCGUGUGGGCCUUGCCGAACCGUACCACCAACUCAACUGGAUCAACCAACUCCUCAACCUCCUUCAACUCCAACGACAGAGAUCGACAGUACAACACUGACAUGGACUGCGAUUAGAAAUACCAUAACCACGGGAUCUACAUAGUGAUGGUGAAAAUGUAAAAAUAAAGUGCAAGUGUAUAUAGUGGACGCAAUGGUUGUUCAGUGAAGUGAAGUGACGUAACUGAUUAAUAAAGACAAGUGUUUUCACGUGAGACAUUCAAGUGUGACCAUUGUGUAAGUUAGGGUGGGAACAUACUUUUAAAAAUUGGUAUUGUAAACAAUUGAGUCAAAUAUUAAAUGCUCUUAUUAUGAAAAUAAUCACUAUGAUAUGGGACGGUUUCACUACCUUCAGACGUCAUCAUGUCAAAUUGUAUAUAUUUAGAUAUUAUUCUCAUGUGUUCAGUGGACAAACUAUGAGCUGUGGUGUUGUAGGAAAAUGGAAUGCCCAUCCCCGGCCCAGGCCUUCUAUAAGUGUUCAUUUACUCUAGCAGCACGUUGCCAACGGUGGCAGUCGACGGCAACAGCAACUGCUACAGACGACUUUACUGCUGUUAACUGUAGCAGUGGCUGCUUGUGUAAAUGAACCCUAACACAACUACGCUUACUUUGGGGCUGUGUUGUCCAAAUAUAUUUAUUUAUAUAAAACAAUGGCUGGGGAGGGAAAAUGGGAUAAACUGCUAAGGACAGAAAACUGCCUGGCUAAUAAAAAAAUAAAUGCUCUUAGUGUUGGUUAUCAUUUUAUCAAUAUAAUAUAAAUGUUGUACAAUCUCCAUCGUGCCUCCUCCAUCUACUCGACACUGGCGAGAUAAACAGUGCCAGUUGGCACAAAUGAAAGCCAUAAAGAAGAAUUGAAUUGAAUUGAAUUAAAUGUUGUAUGCCGUUGGUUUGAGUGAAGUUUUAAGAGUAUGUUUCCACUCGUAUUCCUUAUAAUACUGACAUAUUAGUAAUAUAGUUCCAGUUAUAUAGGGUGAUUUUAAAAAUGCCAGCAAACUCUGAAUAACUUGUUUUAAUAACUAUUAAUAUUCCAUAAUAUCUUGUAAUUGAAGUGUUUAUUUUGUUAGAAAAAAUAUAUUUAUUUUAUUUAAAGCUCAAGUCUUUUAUGAAUUAAUUUGCUAAUAGCCCAUUUUCCUUGAUCUCUAUUUUGGACAGCCUUUGCAAUUAAAGUAAAUAGAAUAUAAUGCACAAAUUAUUGAAAUCUUUAAUAAAAUGGAUAUUAUUAUUAUGUUUUGUAUCUUGGAAAACUUUCUUCAGUGUUGAUUAAUCAACUAAAAACAAUUAUAUCUGCCAUUUAAUAUGUUAAAAUGCCUAAUUCAUAAUAUUUAAUAAAUAUUAUAUUUCAUAUACAGAGGUAAGAAUUGAUUUUUUGUAUGUUAUAAUUAAAACACUGAUUUUAAAAAUUCUAUCACCAUUACAUCUUCACUGAGUAAUGCAGGCUAUAUUUUAUCCCCGUAUUACCUUGGGACCCGCCCAACUCUUGAGAUGGUUCGUUGUGAGCCUUAUGUGAGCGAAAUUAAUGACGUCAUCAGUGACGUGGUCACAACGACCGUAGAACGUGGACAUGUAAAACAGCUACAGGAGUAUUUUGAACAUUCUGAUCGCUUAGUAGAUUGUAGCCUGUUUUCUCUCAAUACUCAUUCUCUUGCGGCUGUAAAAACCAAAUGAAAAUCUGUUUGUCUGUAUACAGCCAAUAUGUAUAUAUUCUUUGACAUUUUGCAUUCUGUUCGCCGAUUCUCUUUUCGAAAACAAAAAAAAUAUAUGGGAUUGACAGAUGACAGAUCCGAUCAAAAACUUGAUCACGUGACUUGUUGAUAGCCCAUACGUUAUUUAAUUUUCGAAGCGUUUUCUAUUAUAGAAAGAAUCUACGUUCCACGUAGCUACAGGCCCUCGUCUGUUUAUGAGUGACGUAAUUCCUCAAUAAUUCCACCGAUAUGAGUAUGCAGGCACUUUUCUAAACACCCUGUACGUAUACCAAUUUAAAAGUUGUGUGCCUUUUAUUUGUAUUGCAAUUGUAAAUUGUUAAAAAUGGAAUAUAUAGUCAUUGAUGUAAUAUUUUUAAUGUAUAGUCUUGGGCAGUUUAUUUAACAGCCGUUAAUAAUGGACUAUCUAUCUAUAAAGUGUUGGAAUAAGAGCCUGCAAUAACCAGAUCUACCUAAUUUUAUAAAGGCUGAAAUAUUGUCAGCUUAUUCUCCUACUAUAGGUAAGUACAGAAGCUAUAGCUUGGCAACUUCGUUCGUAACACUCCCGAUGGUCCGCGCAGGCUGGGGGGCGUGUAGCGAUGAAUGAAAAACCCACUACUGAUGCACCUCACUUCCACGCAUGCACGAUAUCACCCGCGCAGUCUUUCCCCCGUCGCCCGCAUUAAUCAACGAACUUGCCAGACUUGACAGUUAUGGAGCCACAGUCCAGUGGCGCUAACAAGCGACCAAUAUCGUGAAUAGAAAUAGAUAAAGCUCAAUCAAUGAAAGAGAUGGGAUUGGUACAAUUCCGACGCAUUUGGACGAAAUUGUUGUCUAUAUUUUUUCGUUACUGGUCGCAUGUUAGCACUUCUUGUGGUUUGGGAGGGUAGCAGGACCCUCAACCGACCAUAAAGCGUAUUUUGUUAUAUUUUCCACGGCAAAAUAUAAGUAAUCAUGUCGCUUAGCUUCGCAACAAGCCUUAAAAAGUGCGGGGAAGUGACGUGCAUCAGUCGUAGGUUAUUCAUUCAUCGCUACAUGCCCCCCGGCCCGCGCGCAACAUCGGCAGUGUUACGAACGAAGUUUCCAUGCCAAACCAUUCUUAAUAUGGCACGAUACUUGUAGGAGCAUGGGUUGACAAGUUCAGCUGUCAUGCAAUGUGGUACAAGUAUGUGUGGCUAUCGCAGGCUUUCUUUCUAUGUAGAAAAUUGUUAACCAAUAAAGUGACAACAGGCUUAAAAAGGGACCCAGGUCCGUAAAGUCGGUUAUUAAAAAAGGCAAGUUAUAGAUAGAUAGAUUAUUGUAAAUGGCAAUAAGUUGUGUAUAAAUAGUUUUGAUGGUGUUUAUUUAAAUGUACUAUUUUUGUUUAUAGAAAAUGAGCAUUAUUUAAGAUGCUGUUCACACUGAAAGAAGUACAAAGUAAAGUAUAAAGCCACGGAAGCACACAUUAUUAUAAAUACAUAUUAUGAUUAGACUAAUAAAAAGUUCUUAUAUAGGUUCACUGUAUAAUUUUGACUCCACCAAAAGCUUCUUGUUGAUUAUUCAUUUAGUGUGAACAGUGCCGAAGGACUUCUGUCUAGCUCUGUGGUCCUGGUAGAUAUAAUAUACGACUAUAAAAUUUAUUGUGUACAUAUAUAGAUAUAGAUUAAUAAAUAUUAUUUUAUUUGCGGUCACAUCCUCUCUGGUCUCCUAUACUAGUGAAAUGACACUAAGGCCUAGUUCGGACUACUUUAGUAUUUUAGUCGAGUACGAACGAUUUUUGGGCGGUAAAUCCAAAAGCUGUUCGUACUCGACUAAAAUGUGUAGAAACCGAAAGGGGUGUGGAUUUUGAUUCUCUCCUAACAAGUUAGCCCGCUUCCAUCUUAGACUGCAUCAUCACUUACCAUCAGGUGAAAUUGUAGUCAAGGGCUAACUUGUAUAGAAUAAAAAAAAAAUACUGAAGUAGUCUGUACGGCUUAUAUGAGCUCCCCCUUUUCCUGCCCACAGUAUUUUUUUUUGUUUAUUGUUUAUUAUUUUAUUUCAAAGGUCUUAAAGGCAUACGCUCACUUACAAUUUUUAGUUGGCCGACUAAAUCGCAGAGUAUACUAGCAGGUAUAGCGAUAUAUGUUAUUAUAUGGACAGCGAUCUCAUAAGAAUCCUGAUUCCCUUUCGAUUAUGUACAAUUAAAAGUUGGUCAACUAAAUGUAAACGUUUGCAAUUCGAUAGUCGACCAAAUUAAGUGAGCUGGUGCUCUAAGUCCUUUGAAAUAAAAUAAUAAACAAGAACCAAAAAAUUACUGUGUAUGGUUAAACUUUACCUGUUUAGUAGUUCCAUAAUUUAGAGUCUACAGUCUACAGGUCAUAUUUUUAAAAUGGAUUAUGAAUAAAGAAUUAAAUCUAUAUUUAUUUACUUUAAACUGAAAUAGACCUCAUCAUUACUGUUUAAAGUUCACUUUACUUUGAAGAAAAUUGGGGUUUAAAUCUUAAUCCAUGUUAAAAAUAUGACCUGUAGAGUCUACUCUAAAUUAUUGAAAUUCUAAAAAUGAGUCUGACGACACUGGCCUCUAUAGUUUGGAGCGAAAACACCAUUUGUAUUUCCUUGAUAACAAGACUUCCAUUGUAUCCACCUUUUGAAGGAUGUUGUCCAUAGAUUAAUUAGUCUCACAGACGCUUGUUGAAAAACAUUUAAGUUAUACCUAUUAAUCGUUUAUAGACCUACCUACUAUACUUGCUUAUUUUACCUAUGCAUAAUAAUAAUCAUUUUAGUUUAAUUUUCUUUUAUUUUGUUUUUGUUUUGUUUAAAUAAAUAUACAUGUACGCUUAAUAUACUGUAUAUUUUGUAAAUAUCCUAGAUGUAGAAAGUUAUAGCAGAUUACUGUUUUAUGAAAAAAAUACCUAGGGUACCAUUUUAUCGACCGACAUAGAAAAUCGGCUAAAUGGAUAUGAAAUUAAAUAGGUAUAACAUGAAAGUUGCUUGCUAUAGUUAAAAACUAUUGGCGACUAACAAAAUAUUUGUAAUGUGACCUGCUAUGCUAUUUUGUAACGAUGUUUUUAUAACUCGCAAGUGCGAGUUUCGAAAUCACCUCUAUAUCUCUCUGUUUAACACGAUACUACAGAAUGAGAAAGAUAGCGGUGAAUUCAAAACUCGCACUUGCGAGUUGUACAAAACAUCGUUAGAGAAUAUUGCCAUAUUCACAUUUCACGCAUUAUGCUUGUGUGUUGCAGUGUAAAGACGUGACGGCACACAGACAAAUGCAUUGUGUGAAUGUAUAAGUGCCAGCUAAUUGCUAAAGCUAAUUUGAUUUGAUUAAUUGACGUCGAAUGUUAUACAUAUUUUCAAAAAGUAGAUUUUAAUUUCAUGUUAAGACACCACUACAUAUCUCGCAAAGACAAAAUGAUUUAUUUUCGACCAAUAGCGUCGAACUAGAACGAAAAAAAGAUAUUUCCGGUUCGGCCGCUAUUGGUUGAUUAUGUCUUUUUCUCUUCGUGAGAUAUGUCGUGCGUAUCUUACGCCAGCCACACACAGGUCAAGUAUGCCGUCAAGUCAACCGCGCGCUUGUGGGCUGUGAAAAAAAAUAUAACGAAACCAUUUCCAUAAUCAUUAUGCAAUAUUUGUUUACCACUGUAUCAUAUCUGCCGCAAAGCAGUAUCGUUAUUUUGAGCUUAAAGCUAUAAUUACAUUGAUUACUUAGACAAUAUUUAACAUUUAAUUCUGAUUCGUUUCCGUCAUAAAAAUCAUAUAACACUUUAAUUUUUCCAGUCCAUCUAACGCAAUAUGAAAUUAGGCUGUCAAUAUAAGAAGAACGGUCGGUUUCAGUAUAUACUUUCUCGUAUAAAAAUUGUUAUAAAGUACCUAAUUGUACUGUAGCACAAUACAUAAUAGGUAAGAAUUUUUUACCUACAUGUUAAUAAGUACCAUCGACAAAUUUAUAUAACAUCAUCUUUGAUAGGAACCUCAUCACAAUAAAUUAUUAUUAUUUAUCUAAGUAUGUUGUUAAAAAUAAUGUUAUACUUAUCUUAUUCUGUUCGCUAAGGAAAAUAAUGAUUUCCUUAAUAUUAGCUAAGUCAAUUUUAUGGUCUCUUAACUUCAUUUGCGUACCACAUAACGCAGUUUAUUUAUUUUCUACACAAAAAUAAAUACAGUAGGUACCCAGUUGGUACAGACCUUUAAUCCAACUUGGCAACAUUUGUCGCGCAACAUGUUGGAAGCAACACGUAACUUUUCUUGAUUGUAUGAACUAUGAAAGUAAACAUAGGUUGCGCAAAGGUGCCAAGCAAGCCACACAUUAUGACUUGAGCUGGCCUAUUCGCUAACUUGAGGAUUUUAAAAAUCCAAAACCAUCGUGCUUAUUUGGCAUUAUUACAUUGCUGCUUCUCUGAUUGAUUUUACAUAAUAUUUUACACAAUAAUCUCUAAUGAAUAUCAAAUAAGCUCAAUAUAUAUUUUUUUAAACAACAAUUUAGUAAAUACCCCAGCUUGGAAUCUUGUGGACAGUAUAAAAGAGUGUCUAAAAUCUAAACUAAUAGCCGUGUUAUUAAGCAACAUUGCCAUACAAAUGUUGAGCAUCAAAAGUUGCCUAGUGUAUAUAAAGCUUUACAGUAGUGUUGCGCUAGGUUCUGAGGUAACACGUGGGAUAAAUUGUAUAAAGCCGAUGUUUAUAUAUGAAAAUGUAAAUUACAUUAAAUUUAAAGUUUUCGAAAUAAAACGAAAAAUGUUUUAACAUU